GCUGUGCGCUGCACUUUGCCGCUGUGCGCUGCACUGCGCUCGGCCUCCGCCUGUCCAGAGGGGACGGCGGGCGAUCGCCGGGCCGGGCCCCGCCGGGGACGGGGCCCGGGGCGGUCCCUCCUUCGCUAUGGACCCGUGGAAGCAAUGCGCCCACUGGCUCAUCCACUGCAGGGUGCUGCCACCCAACCACCGGGUCACCUGGGAGUCCGCCCAAGUCUUCGACCUGGCCCAGACGCUCCGCGAUGGGGUGCUGCUCUGCCAGCUGCUCAACAACCUCAAGAGCCAGGCCAUCAACCUCAAGGAGAUCAACCUCAGGCCCCAGAUGUCCCAGUUUCUCUGCCUAAAGAACAUUAGGACGUUCCUUUCAGCCUGCUGUGAUACAUUUGGAUUGAGGAAGAGUGAACUCUUUGAGGCGUUUGACUUGUUUGAUGUUCGUGAUUUUGGAAAGGUCAUAGAAACACUAUCAAGACUUUCACGGACACCUAUUGCCUUAGCCUCAGGAAUCAGGCCAUUCCCUACUGAAGAGAGUGUUAAUGAUGAAGACAUUUACAAAGGCCUUCCUGACUUAAUAGAUGAAACUCGUGCAGAAGAUGAUGAAGACUUGUACGACUGUGUUUAUGGGGAAGAUGAAGGUGGAGAAGUAUAUGAAGACCUAAUGAAAGCAGGAGAAGUACACCAACUUAAAUGUCCUGAAAAUGACAUUCGAAGUUGUUGCCUCACAGAAAUUAAACAGACAGAAGAGAAAUAUACGGAAACUUUGGAAUCAAUAGAAAGAUAUUUCAUGGCACCACUAAAAAGGUUUUUGUCAGCUUCGGAGUUUGAUUCAGUAUUCAUCAACAUUCCUGAACUAGUGAAAGUCCAUCGAAGCCUAAUGCAAGAGAUUCAUGACUCCAUUGUCAAUAAAAAUGUCCAGAACUUAUAUCAAGUCUUUAUUAACUACAAGGAAAGGUUGGUUAUUUAUGGGCAAUACUGCAGUGGCGUAGAGUCAGCUAUCACAGGUUUGGACUACAUUUCCAAGACAAAAGAAGACGUGAAGUUGAAAUUAGAGGAAUGUUCAAAGAGAGCAAACAAUGGAAAAUUCACUCUAAGGGAUCUACUGGUGGUCCCUAUGCAGCGUGUUCUGAAAUAUCACCUUCUUCUUCAGGAGCUGGUGAAGCACACCACUGAUCCUGUUGAGAAGGCAAAUUUGAAGCUAGCUCUUGAUGCCAUGAAGGACCUGGCCCAGUACGUAAAUGAAGUGAAGAGAGAUAAUGAGACCCUCCGUGGCAUUAAACAGUUUCAGUUAUCAAUAGAGAACUUGAACCAGCCUGUCUUGAAGUUUGGAAGACCCCAGGGAGAUGGUGAAAUAAGGAUAACCACACUAGAUAAACCCACAAAGCAAGACAGGCACAUCUUCUUGUUCGACUUAGCUGUAAUUGUCUGCAAAAGGAAAGGUGAUAACUAUGAAAUGAAGGAAAUAAUAGAUCUCCAGCAUUACAAAAUAUCCAACAAUCCUACCACUGAUAAAGAAAACAAAAAGUGGUCUUAUACCUUCUACAUCACCCACCAUCAAGGACACAAUGGGUUUGAAUUCUUUUGCAAAACAAAAGAUUUAAAGAAGAAAUGGCUUGAACAGUUUGAAAUGGCCUUGUCUAACAUAAGGCCGGACAAUGCAGAUUCAAAUUUUCAUGACUUCAAAAUGCACACCUUCACCCGAGUCACAUCCUGUAAGGCUUGUCAGAUGCUCUUGAGAGGAACAUUUUUUCAAGGCUAUUUAUGCUCCAAGUGUGGAGCCAGAGCGCACAAAGAAUGUUUGGGAAGAUUAGACAAUUGUGGCAGAGUUAAUUCAGGUGAGCCCGGGACCUUGCCACAAGAGAGGCGAGCCAACGGAUUUAGAAGACCAUCCAGACCCGUGGAUCCAGGAUUACCGAAGAUGCAAGUCAUCAGGACCUACAAUGGGAACCCACAGCCCACAGAUGGGCCUCCGCUACAGGUCCAGCCAGGUGAUACAGUGGAGCUUCUGCAAGGAGAUGCACACAGCUUAUUUUGGCAGGGGCGGAAUUUAGCAUCUGGAGAGGUUGGCUUUUUCCCUAGCGAUAUAGUGAAGCCUUGCCCAUGUAUGCCCAAACCUGUAGACUACUCCUGUCAACCCUGGUAUGCAGGAGCCAUGGAAAGGCUGCAAGCAGAGACUGAACUGAUUAACCGAGUAAACAGUACAUAUCUGGUGCGGCACAGGACCAAAGAGUCGGGGGAAUAUGCAAUUAGCAUUAAGUACAAUAACGAGGCGAAGCACAUCAGGAUUGUAACAAGAGAUGGCUUUUUUCACAUUGCAGAAAAUAAGAAAUUUAAAAGUUUAAUGGAGCUUGUAGAGUACUAUAAGCAUCAUUCUCUUAAAGAAGGAUUCAGGACUUUGGAUACCACUCUUCAGUUUCCAUACAAGGAACCUGAAAAUUCCACUGGACAGAGGACUAAUAGAUCAGGCAGCAACUCCCCCUCUUUGUUCUGUGGCUUUUCUUUUGUAACUCCUCCAGACUGCAGCUUUGUUCCCCCCUCCUUCACUCCUUUCUGGUCAGUGUUAAGCCCCAAAAUUCUGGGCAUAGCCAUAGCGCGGUAUGAUUUCUGUGCAAGAGACAUGAGAGAACUUUCCUUGCUGAAAGGAGACAUAGUGAAGAUUUACACGAAGAUGAGUGCAAAUGGCUGGUGGCGAGGAGAAGUAAAUGGAAGAGUGGGUUGGUUCCCAUCAACUUACGUGGAAGAGGAUGAAUGAAUUCUAUCUGGAUCUUAUGUUGUGGAACAGAGACUUCAGGAAUGGGGAAAACAAAAAAAUCCCACCAAGGAUAGUGCACGUUAGAAAAGCUGCCUUCCCUUCCCACCUCAGAGGAGGAAUUUCUAGAUUUGCCUUUGCUGACAGGCUAUUGGCUGCCCUGAGCCACAUAGACAACACUCACCUGUCCAUUAGCAUCAUCAGGGACAAGCCCAGAUAUUCCAUUCCCUUCCCAGAAAAGCCCUGCAGGCACAGAACGGCGCACCAUAAAUAGCUACAGUUGGCAAAUGCUUCAUGAUUCCUCCCUCUUUUUUAUCAGACUCUUUGAUAUCAAGAAUUAUAUUCUUAUCAUUAGAAGAUGGUGAUUUUGUCAUACAGGAAGCUUUCAAGGAAUGUUCCAUGUCACUUGGCUUAAAACAUUGAUCAAGAAUACUCCUAACUUCACUACCACCUGAACACCUCCAGUAUGUGUUGCUGUUAAUAGAAAUUGGUGACUAUCGAUAUUCUUAAAAUGAUGGUGGCUUUAACUGACUUGUUGAUGUUCUACUUAUCUUCCUAAGUUAUUUUUAUGUGAAGACCAGUGGUCUUCCCAGGCCCUGAUUAUCAAAUCCUUAAAGCAGUCACUAGUUUUUCAUUUUGGGAGUUUUGUGCUCAAGUCUCUGAAACAGAAUUUUCUGGAUGGAAUCGGGGAGGUGGCGGGUAAAAGAUCACCAUGGCUACUUGUAAAGAGCCACAUACAGUGCUUGGUCUUCUUAAUGUAUCCUUAUAUGCCAGCAAGAAACACACAGUUUGGUUUUGAAACUGAAAGAUCAUUGCUUUCCAGAUCAACAUCAAUUCAGAAGACUGAAGCAUUUUUAUUAUCACAGCUCUUUAUGAAUGCACUUUUGGAAGGUCUGUAGAGAAACACACUUCAGUCUCCAUGGCCCUGGAUUUUAGGGGCUGGCAAAAAGCAGUCCUCGGUGUUUCAGUGCUUUGCCCAACAUGAAGCUUGUCUUUCAAACUGCUGGCCAUCCUCUUUACCCUCAACCAUAUGCAUUCUCAAGAUGGAUAUGAACUGUGUAAUAGAUGAGAGUGACUUUAUUAUCGUACUCCAAGUCAGAUGAAAUGUUGGACCAGUAUCUGAUCCUGGUUGAUGUACGAAAGAACAAUAUUUUGAUAGCUGUGGAAAAAUCCCAUUUUAUAUUUAAAAAUUAAAUUUUUGAAAAAGUUAUAUUGGUAACAGCUCAAAAAAUUUAAGUGAUCCAUAAACAGUCAUCUGAAACUUGGGCUGGGAUGAAAUAGUCUCCCAUACUUAUGGACAGUGAUAUGGUGUUACACCUGAACCACAUUCUUCCUGGAAGAUUUGCCUCUAUCAGAGUCUCUCUCCUGAGUUAUCCUUCCAGGAGGUUUACCUCAGAAUUGUGUUAACUGUGAUUGUGUUGAAAUAUUACUUGAUGGACCCAGAGUAUUUGUAAAUAUGUACAUAUAUCCAAAGGCAUAUUUUGUAAACUGAUCUGUACAUUAAUAUAGGCUUGCAGAAUGGGUGUCUUCUGUAAUAUGUAGUAUUAUGGGCUACUGUGUAUCUAUGGAAUGUUUUGUGUAUUUUUCUCUGGGGGUAAUUUUGUCCGGAUAGAAAUGUGUGUAUGCGGUAUCGUUGUGUGCACUGGAUAUUUUGGCAAGAAGUCUCCCUACCCUUUAGGAUUGAUUUUGGCUUUUCAUUUUAGCAUUUCAAGGGCCUGUUGCUUACCUGGUAGCUAAUAUUGGAGCCUGUCUAGAUUUCUUCUUUUUCAUGUACUAUCCAACUGCUUAUUUUUUCAUCCAUGUGUAAUGCCCUGUAUUGAAAAGUUCAGUGCUGCAUAUUCAUGUACAGUUUUGAAUACCAAAGACAUACUAAAUAUUCUAGAACCACUGCUUUUCCUCAUGCUUGGACUUGCCUAAAUACAGACUUUGAAAUCACAGUGAGUUCAACUCUUCAGUGUGAAAUAUUAUGUAAAUAUGUCAAUAGCAAUAAACUAGUCAUGACAUGUUCUAAGUUCACUUGACAAAAA